AUGCUCACCAGCAAUGCAGCAAGGGUUCAGCUCUCCAGGCCUGCGACGUACUGGCCCGUAGUCCGUCCCUUCUUUGCACUACGCCCAGAGGAUCAGCAUACGUCUCCGGUGGCAAACAGACCACCUGUUGCGUUGGAAGCUGAGAUCUUGGGCGGUGCCCGGUGGCUUGUGGGUGGUGGGUUCAGAGAGGAGACCUUUGCAGAAGAGCUCCUCUACUCGGAUGGCCUCCCCGAUAGCCCAGGCACCCAGGUUUGGGUCAGGUGGUCUUUGAGGCCAGGGGUACUGGAAGCUGCAAUCUUUGCUUCGUUCAAGCUACCAAUGAUACCCCGUUCGACAGCCUCCCCGAUGAAAGGCAUCUCCGUCGUUACCCUGCAUCAACCGCCAAGCUAUGCGGUGCUCGCGGUUCUGGCUCUUCGAAACCCUGGCAAGGGCUCCCAACUUCCAAGGAAGCCUUCGGCCUUUGAUACGGAGGACCCGGACCUGCCGCUACCGCGUGACAGUUAA